UGCCAUUUGACAAUCAAUGUCUGAAGCUGUCGACCAGAGUGUAGCUGGUGUGAGGUACACUUCCUGUGGUACACCUGUCUAGAGCAGACCCUGCACUGUCUGCGUUACUCCUGCCGUGGGACUCGUCCCCUGGCCGAGUAACUCGUCCCCUGACCGAGUAAUUCGUCCCCUGGCCGAGUAAUUCGUCCCCUGGCCGAGUAAUUCGUCCCCUGGCCGAGUAACUCUUUCCCAUUGUUUCCGAUGACUUUUUCAACUAGAUUAUGAACUGAAAUGGGAGUCGUCUGAAGUACCUUUCUGUGACUCCAGUUUCAAGGGCCCUGUACAGGUAGCAUCCGUCAGGUACACAUGGCUACUUUACAUAGCUUCUACAGAGACACAUAUGACUUUAUAAUGUGGUAAACACCAGUGCCACCUGUGAUAGGUAGUGUCACGGGGUCACUUAGUACAUCCUCUUGGUCAGUAUGGUGCCAUGGGGGGGGGGGGUAGUGUUGGCUGUCAGGUGUGGAGAAGAUGAGAAGAUGCUUGCUGUCAGGUGUGGUGGUGGUGAGAGGGUGCUGGCUAUCUUGUGUGACAGGUGUGUGGGUCCUAUCAUGCCAUUGGAUAACGAACGAGCAAGCUUCGUGAGCCAGAUGUUAGGAGUCAGAUGUGAAGGGUUAGAUGUUAGGUGUUAUAUGUGAGGGGGCCAGAUAAGGAGGAGGGGGACUAGAUAUGAGGGGCAAGAUAUGAGGGGAGAACAAGGACCGAGGAGAAUCUAGUCUGGUGUGUGUGUGAGAGUGGGAGAGCGAGGCACCCGUUAACCUCUCACAGUGGCGGGGAGAGAGCGAGAGUGUGCGUGUGUAGGUAGCGAGGCAGCGGCGAGGCAGAGGAAGGGAGUACCUCAUUGCUGGUCACGUUCCCUCACUCCACCCUCACACGCCACGCCUCCUGCCUCGCCCCACUCCUCCAGUGGCUCCUGAGGGAGGGAGAAGGGGCAAUAUUUACGUGAGGCGAAGGAAAGAAGGCAAAAAGCCUGUCGCCACCUUCCAUUCUCUCUCAGUCGUCCUCUCCAGCGCCACCGAUCCGGUCCCACGUCAAACGGGGAGUUUAUCUAACGUGUAUCCUGGAGUAGUCUACCCACCCGAGCAUACACAUCCAGUGUGUAUGAACUAUACAUGGCUAUACAUAAGGCUCUUCCAUCCUUAAGACUCAUCGGUGGGGAACAUUCUACCGAGCGACAGAACUCAGAGACAACACAGGACUCCACCCCCAAUAGAAGCCAUGAGUCCCUUACCGCCCACGCCCAUGGACGCUCCGACGCCCACGGACGACUCCGCGCCACCUGCGGAGUCGUACGCCCGCUCCAUUGUCUUCCUGGGAGUGGACAGGUCACCAAGCUUCGUGACGGAGUCUGCCCGACUACCCAGUCACCUGGCACCGGGUCAGGUCCUGGUGUUGGUGGAGCUGGCGACCAUCUGUGGGUCGGACCUUCACACCCUCAACGGCACGAGGACCACCGCACACCCGUGCGUGCUGGGCCACGAGGGGUGUGGUGUGGUGGUGAGGUCACAGCGAGUGGGGGUCAAGCCAGGUGACCGCGUGACCUGGGGCAUCUGUGCCGCCUGCCACACAUGUCUUCCCUGCUCCUUACACCUGCACAACAAGUGCACCUCACUCAUCAAGCUGGGCCACACCGUCGUAUCCUCAGCCACACUCUACGGCACCUACUCCACACACCUCCUGUGCCUUCCCAACACGCCCCUGGUGCCCCUCCCGCCGGCCCUCACGCCCACGCUCGCCGCCCCUAUCAACUGCGCCCUCGCUACAAUGGUCAACGCCUUCUCUAAGCUGCCGCCCACGCCCAAAGCGGGUCAACCGGGGGCGUCGGUGGCUUUGGUCCAGGGUGCUGGGAUGCUGGGAUUGUACUGUGUCUCGCUCCUGAGGGAGGCUGGCUACAAGAGGGUCUUCUGUGUCGACCACAACAGAACCAGGCUGGCCAAAGCCACAGAAUUCGGCGCUGCGAUCCUCCACCCUGAUAGUGAGGAGGAACUUAUUCAAGCUGACAGUGUGGACGUGGUGUUUGAAGUGUGUGGUGACAAACGGGUGGUUGGUCGGGGCGUGAGGGCGCUAAGGGCGGGAGGGACCUACGUGCUGGCCGGCCUGGUGCACCCGGACUCCCAGAUGAACCUCGCCGCCCAAGAACUCAUUCUAAAGUGCCUCACUAUAGUAGGUGUGCACAACUACACACAGCAACACCUGCAGGAGGCGGUCACCUUCCUCUCUCAACACCACCACCGGUAUCCCUUCGCCUCCCUUAUGGGCCCGACCUUCCCCCUCUCCGACUUCAGGAACGCAGUUGAAGUAGCUCGCUCGGGUCAGUUCCUGCGUGUAGCCAUUAACCCACAGCUAUAGCCUAUAGGUUCCGUCAGGGGACCCAUAGCCUCCGUCAAUCACCAGGGGCCCCAUAGCCUCCGUCAAUCACCAGGGGACCCAUAGCCUACGUCAAUCACUAGGGGCCCAUAGUCUACGUCAAUCACCAGGGGCCCAUAGCCUACGUCAAACUCAACCACCCAUCAGCCAGUAAACACUUACAUUCUGCCAUCUUUGUGACCAAGACGGAAUAUCCAACAUUCUGUCCCAGCCAUCUUGAGUCAUAGGGGAUUGGUAAGCCGCAGGGGCCCUAUUGGCCCACGUGACCACCUUACGGUUGUAUUUUCGGCUUAUCCAACAAAAACUGUCUUCACUUCUGUUCUGCCUUUGAACAUGUUCACAGGAACAACGAAACACAUCUCUUAGCGUCAGACCAUAAUAAAACUAAAAUAAACUUUG